AUGGCAAGUCUCAUGAGAGUUUUAUGGCUCAGUAGUGAUGCAACUUCGAAUAUGCCAAAACAACUCCGUAAAAUUAUACCUGAUUUAGGUACUCAUUCUAAUUUAGACGAUUGUGUCGAUAAUAUUUGUUCAAUAUCAUCUAUACCAAACAGUAUAAUAUUGGUUGUUUCAAGUUCAUUUAGUAAACAAACAGCAGAAUUAAUCGAUUAUCUGCCGCAAUUACGUGCCAUUUAUAUAUAUUGUUGUGACACAAGUGAAUAUGUCACAUGGGCGGCUCAAUAUAGUAAAAUUGGAUUCGAUCGAGUAUUGAAUCAAGAGAAAGAUCUAAUUAUGCGACUUACUAGUGAACUACAAGAAACAACGAUACCGGUAAAAGAUGCUAAAUAUUUUUCUCAUCAAAGUGUUAUCUGUUAA